UGUCAAUAUUGUCAAACAAUUGUCAACGUCAAGCGAAAUACGAAAAAUUCUUAUCUUCCUUGUUACUUGUUACACAAAAUUUAAUUAUAUUACGCUCACUUUCACCCUUUUCGUCAUUGGAAUAAACAUAAUAUUGUACAUAAGUUGUCAGCCUUCUUUUUACGUGUAAACGUGGUAAGCUGAUAUGAAUAUUACAUCAAAAUAAACGAGCAAAACACCCAAGUAGAAGAUAGCCUAGAACCUGCCUGUAGAUUCUCGUAUUGUAGUUAUUUUAUCUAAGUUUGAUAAAGUGUAGAGGCGAUAUCGCGUUUGCAGUGUGUAAACAGACAUGUGGUUUGAAGAGGGAUAACCCAGUGCAUUACAGGAAAUAACGAAGCCACCAUGAUGCACAUGUGGAUGUGGUUCGGCUACGACCUGGGCGAGUUCAUGUUCCCCGGCUUGAACAUCAAGACGCGGUGGUCGUUCGCGCUCACAUGGAUCACGCUGUUCAUCGUGGCUGUGCUGUUCGAAGCCUCGAAGGUCUAUUUGGCUGAGAUACAACGGAAAGCGCACCAGAAGCUGUUCCCGUUCCGAUCUGAUGAGAGAAGAAAUCUGCUGUGCGAGAGGGAGCAGGCCGGCAUCAUGGAGCCGACGACGAGCCGCAACGCCAGCGCCGGCCAGGUCAGCCGCUGGUCGUCUCUCCGUGUGCGUGUGCUAGUGAACACGCACCAGUCGCUGGUGUUCGCCAUCCACAACGUGGUGGGCUAUCUGCUGAUGCUGGCGGUGAUGGUGUACAACGUGCACCUGCUGCUCGCCGUGGUCUUCGGCAUGAUGCUGGGUGAGUGCGGAGUCACUAUCUCGAAGGAUCAUGGUCAGUGUCCAUGAUCCUUUGAUGCUGGG